AAGGGUGGCUCUAAUAAGUUUUUGUUUUAUUUACCAGGAACAGCAGCAGUUGACCGGACAAGAUGAGUUCGGCUACGAACUGUUUGAUCAAGACGGAAACUCGUCUUCAUCCUUGCGAAAUCCACAAAACUGUCCUGUGUGCGAUAAACAAUACAACAACUAUUACAACGUACUGCGGCAUAUGGAAUCAAAACAUCCAAACCAGCUGCCACAAAUAUAUCAGUGCACCAGAUGUUCGGAAGGGUUCCCGCGGCAGUCAGAACUUCGUGAUCAUUUGAAUAGUGCACACGGCGAAACAAUUGCCCCUGUAGCGAAUACUCAAAGGAUUCUUUACUCGUGCCGCCAGUGUUCCAAUACAUACAACUCGAUCGAUGGACUACAAGAGCACAUUAAAACACACAAUCAGAACAGUGAAAAUGAAGAAUGCAAUAAAAAAACAAAUCCGUGCACUACACCAAUGCUUUCGGAAGCUACCGAGGAGCCAUCGGUGUCUGACCAACCGGUCGUCAGCCGAACUUUAAACUGCGGAUUGUGUGAUUUUGCUCUGACGAGUAUUGAAGCCCUUCGUCAACAUAUGUCUGAAAUCCAUGGUAUGGAUAAAAAGUUCUUCUACUGCAAUCUAUGUCCGGCAAAGUUUAUGAACAACCGAGGGCUGCGAUUUCAUCUAUUUCGAUCGCAUGGCGUUCGGGAUGAGUCGAUUCCGAUGACAAGCAACCAAUCCUCGACGUCUUUAUUGAAACCAAUCCAACAAGUCCCUUCCAUGACACUACAGGUACCAUCGAUCAAUCUCGAUGAGAUUGGAACAAAGCUAAACGAAUGUAAAAUCUGCCAUAUUGUGUAUAAAAAUAUCGAACAACUGAGCUUGCAUGUGCAACUCGUUCAUCCGGCGUUGGACAAUAACAAGCUGCAACGCGGAUACUGUUUUUUCGCCGAUAUUACAGGAAAAGUUUAUGGAGCAGCACCGGAAAAGGACAAACUGCCGGAGAGCAUCGGAACAUCCAACGCCAUCGAAUUCCACCGCAAGUGGAAACUUGUUCAUCUCAGCUGGACAGAUUGUUCCGCUAAGCAUCGUUCUCGCAUGGUUUUAAUUGGUUCGUCGCACCGCUGCUGGAAGUGUUGCAUUCCUCUUGAAGGACUGCUUCCUCCAAACGGGAUGUUGUUGCUGUGGGUGCCGCGGCCGUUCAACAUGCGUCGGGACAAUGUCGAUGGGUGAUCGAUGUUCCGCUGGUCAAAGGCUGGUGCUAGGAGUACUGCUCGUCGGGAAAUCAGUUGAAAUCUGUGCUUGAGCUUAAGCUUCUUCUUGGUUACGUGCUGAACGCGUUCAAAUACCGCAAGCCGCAGGUGCAGAAGAAGCAGUACCAGUUCCGUUCGCUCAGCGCGACUCAGUUCUUCCAAGCAUCGACUCUGCCUGGUAUAAUUUGCUUAACCUGAACAGUUUUCAUUUGGAUCGCGAUUUUAAUGUAAAACUUGAGCAAUUCUCUACCAAAACCGGAAAUGGAUUUUAUUUGUAUUUUUUGA